AUGGGUUAUUCAUCAUCUAGUAUAAUGUUUAACUCUAAACUAGAACUUAAAGGUGCACAGCGAGCCGUAACGGACAUCAGUCAAGCGGAAACACAAGCCAAAAACAACCAAAAGUUUAAAGAUAGAGAAUUAAAAAUUGAUCGUGCUGGUUUCAAGGAUGUAGGCAAGAUCAACGAUCGAUGUAUGAUUCGUAUUAAGAAAGUAUUAGAGUUUAUUAUUGUGUGUUUUAUUAAAUUGGGUAACAAUGACAGUGGCUUCGCGUAA